AUGGCGUACGAGUCGCAAUAUAUAGCUGUGACAAGCACGUCGACUAUCAGAGUAUCCUUUUGGAUAUAUUUGGUCGACUGGGUGUUGGCUUUGAUCUUGGGAUUGGCCUUCAUAUUCUACUUCCAUAAGCUACUAGGUUUUCUAUUUUCGUUCUUGCUCAGAUUGAUCUUAUGGAGAACCAACAAGAUUCGAAUACACAUAGAUGCAUUAAAAGUGUCACCAUUGGGAGGGAGACUAUUUGUGAAAAACAUAACCAUCACCACGUGCGAUUCUACGAUAACAAUUGUUAAUGUCACACUCACUUGGCGAUAUUGGUUGUAUACCUUAACCAAACUUUCUAACUACUAUUGGGAAACAGAUUAUGAGACUGGAGGCGUGAGUCAAAAACAAAAUGAUAAUCUGCCGUCUCGAUUUAUUAUGGUAAUAGACGGACUCGAAAUCUUCAUUUACAACAGAACCGCAGCGUAUGAUGAGAUCAUGACCAAAUUGAACGAAGCAAGUGGCAAGGACCAAAAUGACAAAAACAACGAGAAGAAAAAUAAAGAUCCACCAGUCGAGGAUACUACUUCGAAGGAAUCUACAGGGGAAAGUGAUGGUGGGUCAGAGACUGUGGCAAAAAUCAAGGCUGCUAAAAGUAGAUCAUUGAUGUUAUUCUUGCUGGUUCUCCCACUCGAAAUUAAGGUCAAAAAAGGUGCUAUACUUGUGGGAAAUGUGGGUACACCUUCCAUUUUGGUAAGCAACUUCAAGUCAGCAAAAGGUAUCAUCGACCUAGCAAAGGCAACCAGUCCUCUUGAUCCCUACAGACUCGUACACGAUCUCCAGUUUAGCGAAUUUCAAGUUUGGAUGAGACCAAACCUUGGCUAUGACAAGUUUCGGUAUGGAAACAAAUCUUCUGAAGUAAUAAACAAGCUGGAGAAACCCAAAAAAACUUUGAAAGCAAAACUCACAGAUUGGCAUAGGUUUCAUAGGGCUAUUGAAAAAGUGCGUAGGCGGCUCUUGAAUCAAAGGAUUGACGAGGUCGAUUACGGCGAAAUGAAUGCAGAAUACCAAUGGAGAGGUUUAAAGAGGUAUAUUGGAGAUGUUCCUUACUCAGACUUGAGCCAUAGCACUACCCAGGAAUAUGCCAGAUAUAGUCUUAUACUUGACUCUACAAUGACUAGGUUUAUUUAUUACUAUGAUGCUCCAGGAAUCCAAACAGUUGAAAGCAGAGUAGCUCCUGAGUCAGGUCUAGAAAUCGAGAUCUCACAUGGCACAAUCCACUAUGGACCUUGGGCUGAUAGGCAGCGGAUACCUAUUCAAAAUAUGCUUUUCCCGUCACUUGCAAAGGAUCUGUUACCAACCUCGAAUUUUCUAGCGCUUGGGAAAAAGAGGGACUACGAAGGGUUCAAGCUUACUGUUAUUGUCAAAGAUGAUUUGGUGCUAAGAAUACCAACUCGUGAACCAAGCAAGGAUAAAAACUUUACCGGAACUGAUCUUCGAGCAUUUGGGUGGGUCGAGGUCAAGGUCAGCGAAGGUUCGAAUAUUGGACUGUUUACAUCAUUUGUGUCUCAUGAGAACAAAUGGCCAAAUAAAUUAAAAGUCAUUUUCAACAUGCCAGAGGUUAGAACAUCAGUAAAUCACGAUGUGAUGUUGCUUGCGGACUCGCAUGAGAUCAAUGCUGAUAUAGGUAUACCAUUGAAAUGGAACGGUGUUCCAGAUUGGACAUUUGACCAGGUGAGUCUUAACCCUCGAAUAUUCAUUCUCCGUGAACAUGUGGAAUUGUUUUCAGACUUGUUUGCUGAUUUUGGAGCUGGGGACCCCGUGUUAUAUGAAAACCUUCGAGCAUUCAUCUACCGUAUCAACUUGAAGUUGUUAAACUAUGAACUUUAUCUCAAUGUCAACGAUUAUAAUAUUAUCAAUAAUCCUUUAGAUUUUAACAACAACAAGUAUAUGUCGUUCCACGGUGAUGAGAUGAAUUGCGAGGUCAAGCUACCGCUCGAUGGAGCAUGCACAAAAAAAACCUCUGUGGAUUUCAGUAUUUCUACUCCGCAAUUUAAUCUUGUACUUAAUACACCUCCUUGGCACACAGUCAAUGCAUACCUCAAGGAGUCCAAUAUAGUCGGAAGCAGUGCAAAUUUUGAAGUUUAUGGAACAUAUACUUUCUACACUGGAGUAGAACUCAAUACCUCAAACUGCAUUGAGAUGAACUGCGUUGGUGACGAAGUUUGCUUGAUCUUCUAUGGUUUUGUAAUCAGAUACCUUUUUGCAGUGCGCGAGAAUUAUUUUGGUGACCAUAUACAUUUCCAAACAUUUGAUGAGUUUAAUGAAAAACAAGCAAAGUGUCAGCCUGAUGCAGCACCCUUUGGCAGCAACAACAACAUUCUAGAUGACAGUAGCGAUGAUAAUGGUGGCCGAGAUGGUGAUGCAAUAGAGCAAUCGGUUCCUGAGAAUGGUUAUUGGGGAAUGGUAAAAAUGGAAAAUGAUGUUGAUGUGCUCUUUACUUUCCGUGUCCGUAACGGUCUUGUUAUUCUUCCACAACACGGAUACAGUUGUCUGUCGCAUGUUGGUUUGAAUUUCGAUAUGCUUGAUAUCGAUAUGCGAUUCUCAAACUAUUAUAUGGAUAUGCAAGCAGAUUUUAGUCCCAUCACAGGAGUAUUUGGCACGAACUUUGACCCUGAAGGUCCAUGGAUCAGUGUAGGUGAAUAUGCACGCAACCAUUUGUGUGAGCAUAUUGACAUUCAAAUUGAUGGAUUUAGUGUGCAUUCACAUAGAAUGUUUGGGGCACCACCGGAUGAAUUGACAUUUUGGUGUAAAUGGGAUUUCAGCUGUGGAGACUGGGUUAUUGAUGGCAGCGCCUAUCACCUUAAAGUCUUGGACGAAGCAUUGACAAAUUUUGGAGUUACCUUUCUGGACCAUGAAAACGGGUUGGAUGAGGCGUUUCCUCCGGCAUUUGAUGCAGCAAACUUUUCCUUUAGGUGUCCCAAGUUUGCUCUUAAAUUACGGCUGAAUACUUUGAACAACAGUCUUUUUGAAAUUGAAUUAACCAAUCUUUUGUUGACCUAUAACGAUAUAUGCAACAUUAGGUAUUCCAAUAGAUUAUCGGUGUUGAUACCAAGCAUUGAAAUAAAGAGCUCAAGGAUCAGAACAGAUGGGCAGACUGGCGAAAUUGAUAAAGAGAUUUCUUUUUAUAUCAAGACAUCUUUGACAUUGACAAAUAUAUGUCAAAAAGCUGAUAUGGAUGGCCGGAGGGAAAUACAGCAGAAGCAUGUUAGGAAUAGCGACGCACCAUUUCAUCGUGCACCGUUUAUUCUUUCGGACGAGUAUAGAGAUCUAUUCUAUAAUGAGAACAAAGGUUGCUUUUUAACCCCGUUGAGUCUACCCAAAGUUGCACCACCAUUAACUGAGUACACAGCAGACCAUACACUGGCCAAUACAAAUAGUUCAAAUGACAGUAAUUUGAGUUCCACAAUUGAUCCAAGUCAGGAGUAUCCUACAACUUGUUAUGACCCAAAAGAUUUUACACCUUUGCACCAACUAGACCCGAAUACCGAGUAUGACAAUAUAAUUGUUCAAUUUGGCGAGCCAGAGGUAUAUUUGUGCCCAGAAGCCAUAGAAAUUGCAUCUUCUCUUGCAGAAGAUUACAAUAAAUUAAAUCUAGACAGCAUAAUGGAUGAAAUUGAAGUUUCAACAGUUAAACUGUUGAAUGCAAUGUUGCAUUCAUCAAAAACGGCCAAGAAUUUCCGCGUGGUGACGAACCAAAUGGAUAUCCAUUUUGGGUUAAACUGUUUAGAUAAAGUUGACGAUUUAAAGUCAUCAUUGGUGCACCCAACACUUGUUUUGCAAGUUAAAAAUAUAUCUGCUGCUGCAUCAGUGAAUCUGGAUGAUGACACCAGCUUUGCAUUGCAUAUAGAAAGCGUGGCUGCAAAAUUGUCCAAGUUGCGCGAUGAUCCUUUGGCAUUCCAGGCAAAUAUUAACGAUUGUGAGAUAUGGCUCGAUUCGAACAGCAGUGAUGGUACCACUACAACCAUCAAAGGCAACAAGAGUUGUGUUGGAUCUGCAGAUAUUGACUUUGUUCAAGUUCUGACUGAUUUCUCUCAAAUAGAGUGGUUAACUAAUCAAGCAGAGUUGUAUUGUACGCAAUACGGAUCAGCCAUCAAAUCAUUUUACACACCAAGUAAGGACUUGCAAGCGAAAUUGAUCUAUGCCCUAACUUUGGCAUCGAUUGAGUAUUCUAUUGAUCAUGAUCCAGAUGUGUUGACAAGACCUGCUUAUUUAUUAAGAUCCAAGACUGAACAUAUCAGGUUUUUUGAUAGUUGGAAAGUGAUGUCAAAGUUGAGACAUAUACUACAGAAUGUACCCGAAUCUUGGGUUACCAAAACGACUCAAAUGUUGCAGCAAGACAAGCAACCUGUUUUUGAGCAUGCUUUUCAACAUGUCUUGAAUUUCUUUGCAAGUUGGAGACCUUGGGAGGCCAAUACGCAGCAAAGGCUCGACUUUUUGGAGAGGAUAUUCAAACGCAAACUUUUACAAGAUAUUCUGCCUCUGUCUUUGGUGGAUAUAUCGCUUUCCAUAGUUGAAACCGAAAUAUCUAACUUAUACACUGAAAUACCGUGUUAUAUUGGGUUGGAUGAUUUAUACCUUGCUAUUAAAGUUAGGGAGGACCAGGAAAAGAAUGCAACAGCGGUUUUAGUUGACUUGAGAUCUUAUGAGAGCAGACUAACACAGGAUGUGUUUGUUGUUGUGUCAAACAUUUUAAAACAACAACAGCAACAACAACAACAACAACAAAUGAAUAAGAACGCAAGUGAAAACAAUGAUAUGAAUGAAGAUCGGAUUAUAGAGAGUAUUUCAGAUACAGAUGAUUCCUUAGUGUCAUCAUCUCAAAUUAGUCAAAUUUCAAAGAAAAACAUUGUCGAGACAAAAGACAUGACUUUGAGUAUUUCUCGUUUCCACCAAGAUAUUGAAUUUAUGAAGACUAAGUUAGUUUGCAAUUUAGAGAAUGUAUUAGUACAAGCUGAGAAUGAGACAGUGACAAGAGCAGGCACAAGAAUUGGUGUUGAUGCAGAGAAAGAAAUUCAGAAGAAGGAUAGUGCAGCAGUUAAUUUGGAUAUGGUUGAAAUAAAAUUGCACGGAUAUGAUCACCAUAUAUUGACUCAAGCAUUUCAAGGUUCAAAAUUUUGCGUGACAAAGUCUCAAACAUCGGUAAACGUUGUUGCAGAAUUGGAUAGAGUACAAACUCACAUGCCCAACAAAGACGAUAAACUAUUUGAUACCUUGAAAGACAUCUUGUCGAACGAAGUUCCUUUUGCCAAAUCAUUGAUGCCUGCGAAUACAGCCCGUGACGCCACUGACAAUAGUACGGAAACAAAUAAGAAAGAAUCAGAAUCAAGCGUAAAAUCAAUAUUUGAAUCUGGGCGUGAACCUGAACUUGAAACCGAACUUGAGCUUGAGCUAGGGUCUGCAAUGAAGCAAGAGAUUGUUUCUAAAAUACUAUCUGCCAUUAAAGUCAAAGAGUACAUAUGGGACUUGGAAGUCCUUUCACCUUUCCGCGUGUCAGGUGCUGCAUCAAAUCUUGACUUUAGUUCUAGUUUUGAGAAUGAUGUAUUGAUGUCUCGGUUGUUUUGGGGAAGGUUACGAUGCAACUUGAGUUUAGCUCGACAAAGCAUGUUGGAACUACAAUUUGCAGACCUUUUAGCAUUGAUUAAUUUGGAUGCACUGGAGCAAACGCGUUUGAUUUCGGCUGACUUGUCCAUAUCUUAUAUAAAACUAUUUGCGCCCGAUCUUCAGCGGGUUUUGGAGAUUGCUUCGCAUGAGCUUCCAAUAUUGCAAAAGAAAUGUGACGACUUUUUGAAAUUUGUUGAAGAUAAGAACGCGAAGCUGGAGCUGGAGGGACCAAUUGUCUCGAGUGGCGAGGCAAAAAAGCCUUCAACUAAUACAAACCAUUUAUUCAGACUUAAAAUAAAGAAUGACUACAUGGAGAUAUCAGCAGCCGUGAAAAAGACCAUAGUAAGUUUUGCAAUUGAAGCUGCUUUAUUCAAUUUGUGUAAUAUUGCAACACGCGAAAACAAGAGCAACAAAAACAACAAACUUAACAACAAACAUAGCAGUAAGAGCAGCCGCAGCAAUAACGGUGGUAUUGGUGAUGAUAGUUUUACUUCAACUACUGAAGUUGAAAUGUACGGAGAUAUUGAUGUGCCACUAGCGCGUGUGAGUGUACUUGCUUCAAAUAUACCUGUGGCGUUAUCCACAAUCCUUGCAGUAAACUUUGCAGUGAGGUUAUUCAAUGACUCAGAUACAUUGCAUACUAGGCAACAUCUACAGAUUGAAUCCCAAUUUUGUCGUCUUUGCAUUUCAGAAUAUGUUGUAAUUGCACUUUUGCAAAUUGUUGAUCGGGUUGUUCCUCUUAUUCCCGGCUCAACAAAAAAGAUGAAUGAAUCAAAAGCCUUUGAGUCUGCCACGGUUAGAAAUGAUUUUGAGCUGUUGAUAUAUUCCCGAUUUUCAUCAUUUCAGUUUUUGUCUUACAAUUUUUGCAUGGGAUGGUUAUUCAACGAUUCCUCAAAAGAUUAUCCUGGUGUUAUUGCUGGUGCAGAAAAGUUUUUUGCUGCAACGGAAGAGAGUUUGGGUAAAUUCACCUUGAUUGGUGCUUACUUAUCGCUAGCAAAUGGUAAUAAUGCUUCGAGUUUCUUCAGUUCCAAAUCGGAAAAGCAUACAUUGAAUCGUGCUUUCUUGCCUAAUUUGCAAAUGAUAUAUCAAAUACAAAAGAUUGAGAGAAAUUUGAGACAUUUGCAAGUGACUGUGCACGGUGAUGAAAUUGAUGUAAGAUUUGUUUCAACCGCAAUUGGACGUAUCGUAAAGAAAGUUAUUGAUUCAACCUCGAAUUUGAAACAUUACCUUGCAAGAAGAUCACGAAUGUUGAUUGCAGAGAAUGAGCAAAGUAAGAAAGAGAAAGGAGGAAAAGAAUACGACAAUUACGAAAAUGAAAAUGAAAAUGAAAAUGAAAAUGAGAAUGGAAUUGAAAACGAAGAUGGCGAAGAAAAUUCAAAGCUGCCACAUAAAGCUUCCGAUUUCACAGUUCCUUUCCAGUCGGUGGCAUUCAUUUCAAACUUUGCAGGUUCCAAGAUUUGUAUUUCAAGAUUAGAGAAUGGAGAAGUUACGGAGCGUAAUUCGCUAUACUUACAGGCUCCGGCAAUAAAGACUAUAUUUAGAUAUACAGAGUCCUCUGAUGUCGGAAGGAAGCUAACGGGAGAAAUGGUAACAUCGUCAUCUAAGAACACUUUGUAUCCACCAUGUGUGCCAAUUGCAAUGGACUUGAUAUGCAGCGUUAAGGAGUUCAUGCACGAGUCAGGAAGCAAUAAUAAUGAAAGAUACUUAGCGGAGAAGUCUAGCGGAAACUAUAGCCAAGGUCUAGAUCAUUAUAAUGACAUUGAUGAUGAUAAAGAUAAAGAUAAAGAUAAAGAUAAAGAUAACGAGACUCAAGAACAGGGACAAGAGUACAAUAAUUUUGUUUUCGAUAACUUAUUGGUGGACUUGGCGGUAAGGAUCGAAAGGCAAGAACUCACAUUGAGUUGCGAACCUACGGCUAAAGUUGCUGCAGUGGUUAGUUUGGCAGGUAUAUGGGUGCAAGUAAACUCUACAGAUUCGCAAACUCUUGCGUUAUCAAUGCUUAUGGAUGAAGUAUCUACCUCGCUUCAGCACAUAUACUCUAGGGAUAUUAGUGCCUCUUUGAAUGUUGAAAGGAUAUUGAUGAUGAGUGCGCUACGUUUUGGUCUGUCGCCUCAUAUUUAUUUAGCUGGAAGUUCGACAAGUGUCCGUGCCUAUAUAAAUGUGAAACAGUACCAAGAUGUCGAUUUGUUUAAGGAUAUUUGGUUUCCAAAGAAGACAGCAAGUAACGAGCAAUGUUCAAAUGAGAGCAAUAGAAGUAUCGAUUUCAAUGCCAAUAGUAAUAAUAGUAAUUACAACAACAAUAAUAGCAGCAACAACAACAACAACAACAAUAGUGACAAUACAAAUAAAUCAGAAUUGGCACAGAAUACAAGUAUUGCUACAAAGUUCAAAAAAGUCUCCACAUCUUCUGCCUUCCCAUGGCUCGUGGUUUUUGGAGUUGACAAAAUUGCCCUUGAUGUGGAUUUUGGACAAGCUUUGGGCGAAUCUCAAUUUGCUAUUGAUAACUGGUGGGCGGUAUCUCGAAAAUCGCAAAACUGGUCUCAGGAUUUGAAAAUGGGAAUCGGUGCGAUUACCAUUGCAGCAGAAGGAAGGUUGAGUGGUUCACUUGUUGUUCGAGACCUCAAUUUACACACGAUGAUUAGUUGGAAAGUUGAAACAGGCGAGACGCUUGAUGUUCCGUUGAUUCUUGUUUCAUGUGGAGUCGGGAUGUUGCAGCUCAAGGCUUCGUUUGAUUAUCAUGUUAUUGCUAUUGCCAAUCUUGAUGAUUUUUCCAUGGAUAUCUACAAUAAGAAAAGUACAUUUUCUGUUUCAAAAGACCAUUUAAAUGUUACUAGUAAAGUUCGUGCGUUGGAAGUGUAUAUUACAGCAUUGACGGCAUCGAAUAUUGUUGAUAUCAGCAAUACCAUCCAGAGAAUGAUUCAGGAUAACAGAAGCUCGUAUAAGGAGACUUUGAAAGAGUCAGCCAAGGACAAAAACCUGACCCAGUGGCCACGGAGGGCAAAUGAGGAUGAAUCACUUUUGCAAACUAUUAAGCGUUUGGACACACAGAUUUUUGUUUCCGUUGGCGAGUUGCGUUUGCAUGUGUACCCAUCGUCAUUGGAGAAUUCCAAAGUUUUGGUUAUAAAAUUAGACGAGUCUCGUGCCAAGUUCCAACAAAACGAAUAUGGAACUGGUAUUUCAAACGAACUUGACAUCAAAUUUAAUGACCUCAAGGUGUCACUUUCGUCAGUGACUUCUUCGUCGGAAUCAUUUAUACAAAGUUGUACUGUAGACGAGUUCACCGCGGUUGCACGUCGAGCCAAAGGUGGUACGAUAUUUGUGUUUCCUUCGUUUAAGAUAUCGAUGCGGACUUUUGAAAAGAAUAAUACUAAUGUUAUCGAAUACCUAUUCCAGUCUUCGUUUAAUGGUACCGUGGAUAUUAAAUGGAAUUUGGGUUCUGUGAAUUUCAUAAGAGAUAUGUACCACAUUCAUUCGAGUGCGUUAUCGUCAAGAAUGGAGUAUAGAUUAAACAGACAGAAAUCGCAUACAAGUGCUAGCACUGGAACAACUUCUCGAAUUGAGGUUGAUGCCGAUGCCGAAGCCGAUGCUGAAGGCAAGGCUGAAGAGACUUCGUCAGUAUUGAGGCAGCAAUUAGAUUCUGAAGACCCAACAAAGGAUAUAGACCAUGCAAUACAAGAGACCAUGGAAAAAGUGGAGACUCAAUCCAAGUUUAAAUACGUUGCCAUGGCGCCCCCAAUCAUCGAGGCUCCACAAUUGAAAGAGUUGGGAAAUGCUACUCCACCAUUGGAAUGGUUUGGAUUGCAUCGAGACAAGUUUCCAAAUUUUACACAUAAUUUGGCGAUUAUCAACUUGCAGAGAUUGGUUCAUGAGAUAGAAGUACAAUACUCCAAGAUGUUGGGUAAAGUUUAA